AUUACAAGUGAAAUUUUACAACACAACGCAUCACAUUACGCAAAAUAAUUAUUGUACAAUCACUCACAAAGUUUGUUAAGUUAGUCAAAUUUUUUUGUUCUCACACGGUCAUCGUAUUGAAUUGCGAUCACUGAGAAGUUGAAUUUUCAUGAUCCAAUUUGGGCACAAUUUCAUUCAUAAAACAAUCAAACAACUAAACACAAUUGAACAAAUAAUUAUUGUCAAUUGCACCAAGGGCACAUUAAUUAAUUCCACUAAGUCACAAUACAUUCAUUUAAUUUCUGUGCAUUUUCACAAUCAUAAUCAGCUAAUACGCAAACACACAUCACACACUUUUGUCACAUUCAUUCUCGUCGCUCAUUAAAAACCCUUAACGGGUUUUUUCACAUAUCACAAUUUCAUUGUACCAUCACUGCCGAAUCAACACAAUAAAGAUUAUAACGUAAGCUGAAAGUGAAAAGUUUUUAAUCGAACAACGACAAGUACUCACCAGUCCACAAAUUUACGUUUAAGCGUUCCACGCCCGGAACACCGUCUU